AUGGCCCGGGCGAGGCGAGGCAGGGGACGGGGGCGGCCGCCCGCGCCCCAAGCCCCAGCCGACGACGCGGCGGCCGCCGGCCCGCCUCCUUCGCCUUCUCCUUCUCCUCCUCCCCCCUCGGCCCCGCCUCCCGGCCCGCCGCCUGAGGAGCAGGGCCCGGACGGGGAGGCGGGGCCCGAGCGCAGCCCCAGCCCCGAGCCGCCCGCCGAGAGCCCGCCCGCCGCCGCCGCCUCUCCCCGCGGGCUGCAGCGGCCGCUGGGCAGGCUGCUUCCCGGGGGGGCCGCCUGCGCGAUGAAGCGGGGAGGGGCGCGGAAAGGCGCCGCCGGCGCCUGCCACCGGCGGGGCUCCAGCCGGGACCGGCUCACCCUCGACUUCCGCGCCUGGCGACACUGGCUGUGCGGUGAGGAGACCGGAAGGAAGGCGAAGGGAAGGGGGGAAUGGGUGGGCGGUGGGAGCAAGGCAGCCGCGCGGCCCCUCUUCCCGCCCCGCCAAGCCCGCUCCUGGGCAGCCAGCCCCCUCCGAGAGCCUCGGCGUGGCCUCCCGAGCAAGGGAGGCGUACGGCUGCGGCGGAAAGGAGGACUUUUCUGCCGAGUAAACGUGGACCGGGUCGAGCGGGAAGGCUGCGCCCCCCUUAACGCGGACUCGCUGGGCAGGAGAGUUCCUGGGGGGUACCAUAUAACAAUGCUGUUUGAAAACAACAGUCACUUUUCUCAUCUUUCAGCUCUGGAAAGGGAAAUGGUUUUUCGAACAGAAAUGGGACUUUAUUAUUCCUAUUUCAAGACCAUUGUUGUGGCACCAUCGUUUUCAAAGGGACUGUUGAUGAUUAUGAAUGACAACAUAACUGAAUAUCCUCUUGUGAUCAAUACACUGAAAAGAUUUAAUCUCUAUCCAGAGGUUGUGUUAGCCUUUUGGUACCGCAUAUACACAGGAAUGAUGAAUGUUAUUGGUAUUCCAACAAAGAGCUGUUGGAUUGUGAACAGAGGAGAAGGUGUCAGUCCUGUUGAAAGCUGUGAAGGUUUGGGAGAUCCUGCUUCUUUUUAUGUGGCUGUGAUAUUUCUUCUGAAUGGAUUAUUGGUGUCAGUAUUCUUCAUAUAUGGUACAUAUCUAAGUGGGAGCAGAUUUGGAGGACUACUUACAGUGGCGUGCUAUUUCUUCAACCAUGGGGAAAGUACUCGUGUGAUGUGGACCCCCCCUCUUCGUGAAAGCUUCUCAUAUCCAUUCCUUGUGGUUCAGAUGCUGUUGCUAACCUACAUUCUCAGGGCUCCAAAUGUUAGUAGAAGAAGCCUGAUUGCAUUAUCUGUUGUUAAUGUUUUAUUCAUGCUUCCGUGGCAGUUUGCUCAGUUUGUCCUCCUAACACAAAUGGCUUCAGUUUUUGGUAUAUAUAUACUGGGAUUCAUGGACUCAUGCAAACUACAGAUGAUAAUUUAUGCACAUAUGGCAUCACUUGGAGCCUGUUUUGUCUUGAUGUUUGGAAACUCUAUGUUGCUGACAUCCUUCUAUGCUUCCUCUUUAGCAGUUAGCUGGGGUAUUCUUGAACUCGGUCCUAAAUACAUGAAAAAUUAUAGAAGAGACAUUCCUUUGUGGGCUGUUAAAGGAUUUGCUUGGGUAUUAGGGACAGUUGUCCUGAAGUGGUUGAUGUGUCUAAUACUUGGAAUAUCUGAUGAUGCUCAUAUAAGCAACCUGUUGAAAGCAAAACUUAUUGGUUAUAAGGAUUUUGAUACAUCAAUGUACACCUGUGCUCUGGAGUUUGAUUUCAUGGAAAAAGAGACUCCAGUAAGGUACAUGAAGACAUUGCUGCUUCCAGUUGUUCUUGUCAUUUUUUCAGUAAUUUCACUGAAGACAUAUCAACAUAUGUUAGCCAGCAUAUGUAAUGAGGAAUACACGGAAAGACAGGAGGAUCGUUUUAUUCGUGGAGAGCUAGUGUACCACACACUGCAACUUUUUAUAUUUGCAAUUCUUGCAAUUUUAGUUAUGAGACUAAAGCUAUUUCUUACACCUCAUAUGUGUAUCAUGGCAUCUUUGGUCUGCUCAAAACAACUGUUUGGAUGGGUCUUCUGCAAAAUCCAGCCUGGAACUCUUGUUGUUGCCAUUUUAGCAAUGAUGGCAUUCGAAGGGAUAGCAAAUGUUCAAAAAGAAUGGAGUAUUGUCGGAGAAUUUAGCAACUUGCCACAAGAAGAGCUGUUGAUGUGGAUAAAAGAAAACACCAAAGAAGAUGCUGUUUUUGCGGGAGCAAUGCCUACAAUGGCAAGUGUAAAAUUGUCCACACUUCGGCCUAUUGUGAAUCAUCCUCACUAUGAAGAUGCAGGAUUACGAGCAAGAACAAAAAUAGUUUAUUCCAUGUAUAGUCGAAAACCAGCAAAAGAAGUUAAAAAGGAAUUGCUCAAGUUGGGGAUAAAUUAUUACAUAUUAGAAGAUUCUUGGUGCCUGAGAAGAACUAAGCCUGGCUGCAGCAUGCCAGAGAUCUGGGAUAUAGAAGAUCCUGCCAAUGCUGGGAAGAAUCCAUUAUGCAAGCUGCUGAGCAAAGAUUCCAGGCCAUUUUUCAGAACAGUGUUCAACAACAACGUAUUCAAAGUAUUAGAAGUCAUCGGAAGAACUUUUUAG